UAAUUAUUGACACAAUUAUUGACAUGGAAGUGAAAUAUUUUGUAACAGUUGGUAUGGGACUAGUUAUUGGUCUUGUUAGCUUUUUUUAUUAUUCAUAUUUUGAAAAAGAGACAACAGAACAAAAAGAUUCUUCUAAAAGUAUUGAAUCAGAAGCAGAGAUGUAUUCGGUUGAAGAAGAGCAUCAAGAAAUGCAGCAUUUUUUAGCCAAUAGAAAAAAAGUUGAAGAUAAUUUUUGUUAUGUAAAUUAUCCUGUUCAAGACAAUCAAGAAUUAGAAGUGGAGUCUGAAGAAGUUAUAAGGUCUCAGGAGGCAAGUUUAUUAAAAGAGCAACAAUUAAAUGAUUUUAAAAAGGAUUUAGAGAUCCAGCAUCAUUUAGCUGAUGAAAAUGGUGGUAAAAUAUUCUGUAAUGAGAGUUUGAAUAAAGGAAGUUGCUCAGUUAUUCCAUGUAUUAACGAGUUAUUAUUUGAUGAAAAAUGGAAAAGUGUAAUCAAUGAACUAUCAAUGAAUGAUAAAGAACGUUUUUAUAAGAAGCUAAGUUCACCUAUAAAAUGCUUUUGUAAAGGGUUUUCCAGUUUAAGUAAGAAUUUGGAUCAAGGUGAACGAUUGUAUGAUAUUGUGAAUUAUUUUCAAUUACCCGAAAACGACCGUAUAAUGGUUCUACUUGCCAAUUACGGUGGUGGAAAUCCCGCAAUGUCAGUAUUUGAAGACUUGAAACAUAGUAAACCAUAUUUAGCAGUCAAAGAUUUGUGCAAUUGCUUGGAAACUCUUGGUUUGAAUCACGCACUAGAGUUUUUAGAAAGUUUAAAAUUAUCUGACGAAGUAAAAGUUUCCAAUAUUAAUAAAUCAGAUUUAACCAAUUUUAGCUAUAAACUUAUCAGUUUUAACGCUAAUGUAAAACCCUGGAAAGAUGUUGCUCAUGAGUUGUGUAAUUCUAAAGAAGAUGUCAACAGAAUCGUGAAGACUAUGAUGCAUCCAAAUCAAUAUAGUCCCACAGAAAUGUUGAUCGAAAUUUUAUCAAUGCGAACAUCUGCAACAAUACAAGAUUUUCUUAUGGCAUUAAAGAGUUGCAACAAUUAUGAUGCUUACGAGUUAAUGUGUCAAAAUAUUAUUUUGGAAAUACAGAAUUUGAAAAGUUAAUCAUGUUCAAGCCCAGAAAUUGAAAUCUGAAAAAAAUUGAAAAAAUUCGCAAACGAAUGAAAGAGAAUCAAAAUUAAAACAUUUUUUAUUA